UAAGCAAAAAACCAUUGUUGAAGCUAAAAACCUUAAACUCCUCGCUUUCUCUCCCAUAUCUCCAACUUCUUAUAUAUUAUACCGCUCCACCAUGGGCAAGGGAGAGAUGAAGCUUACAAAGCUCAAGUCCGUGCUAAAGAAAAUGAAGUCAUUCAAACUCGGCCGCUCCAAUGCAGCCUGCUCCGCCGCCGGCAACUCUUCUUCUUUUUCUUCUUCCGACGACGAGUCUAGUAAUUACUACGCUUACAAUUCCUCCGACGACAAGAACAACCUCCACCCGGUCUACGUGGGCAAGUCCCGCCGCCGCUACCUCGUCGGCCCCGACGUCGUCGACCACCCCGUUUUCCAGGAACUCGUCGAACGGUCGACGUCCGGCAACUCCGAGGAUUCCAUCAUCACCGUCGGAUGCGAAGUAGUGUUGUUCGAUCACUUUCUGUGGAUGCUCGAGAACGGCGAUCCCCAGCCGCCGGAGUGCCUUGAUGAGCUUGCCGGUUUUUACACCUAAUUAAAUUCUUUUAUAGCGCCAAGUAACGGAAAUUAACCGUUCUUGUCGGAUGCCACAGAGAUGACAGUUAUAUAUACACAAUACAUUCAUCCUUUUGUUGUUAUUAUUAUUUUUUACCCAGAAAAAAGUUCAA